CCCGCCCCAGGGCCCGCAGGAAAUUGGGGCGGGCCCUGGCCUAGCUUGGCGGGAGGGGGAGCAGGGAUGCAACCGAGGGCAGAGUCCGGGAGGGCUUGGCUCCCAGGGAAUGAAUCCUCCGCCUUCUCGGGUGGGAGCCUUUAAAUACGGGCUCAGGCCCGGGACUCAGGGUGCGGCGCCUGGCAGCCCGAGAAGGGUGUGCGGUGAGGGAAGAUCAGCCGGAGCAGGGCGCGAGUGCUGAGGCUGCGGCUGCGCGGCCCAGAGCGAGGAGCUGUCCGAGCCGGGGGGAUAGAAGCGGUUGCAGCGCUCGGUGCCUGGAAGUGGUACAGUCAUGUUUGAAAUUAAGAAGAUCUGCUGCAUCGGUGCAGGCUACGUUGGUGGACCCACAUGUAGUGUGAUUGCUCACAUGUGCCCUGAAAUCAGGGUGACGGUUGUUGAUAUCAAUGAAUCAAGAAUCAAUGCAUGGAACUCUCCUGCACUUCCUAUUUAUGAGCCAGGACUAAAAGAAGUGGUAGAAUCCUGUCGAGGAAAAAAUUUAUUUUUUUCUACCAAUAUUGAUGAUGCCAUUAAGGAAGCUGACCUUGUAUUUAUUUCUGUGAACACACCAACCAAAACCUAUGGAAUGGGAAAAGGCCGUGCAGCAGAUCUGAAGUAUAUUGAAGCUUGUGCUAGACGCAUCGUGCAAAACUCACACGGCUACAAAAUUGUGACCGAGAAAAGCACGGUCCCAGUGCGGGCAGCAGAAAGUAUUCGUCGAAUAUUUGAUGCAAACACAAAACCCAACUUGAAUUUACAGGUGCUGUCCAACCCUGAAUUCUUGGCAGAAGGAACGGCCAUCAAGGACCUGAAGAACCCAGACAGGGUGCUGAUUGGAGGGGAUGAAACCCCAGAGGGCCAGAGGGCUGUGCAGGCGCUGUGUGCUGUGUAUGAGCACUGGGUUCCCAGGGAAAAGAUCCUCACCACCAACACUUGGUCUUCAGAGCUUUCCAAACUGACAGCAAAUGCUUUUCUGGCCCAGAGAAUCAGCAGCAUCAACUCUAUAAGUGCCCUCUGCGAAGCAACAGGAGCGGAUGUAGAAGAGGUGGCAACAGCCAUUGGAAUGGACCAGAGAAUUGGAAGUAAAUUUCUGAAAGCCAGUGUUGGUUUUGGUGGGAGUUGCUUUCAAAAGGAUGUUCUGAAUUUGGUUUAUCUCUGUGAGGCUCUGAAUUUGCCUGAAGUAGCUCGUUACUGGCAGCAGGUUAUAGACAUGAAUGACUACCAGAGAAGGAGGUUUGCUUCCCGGAUCAUAGAUAGUCUGUUUAAUACAGUGACAGAUAAGAAGAUAGCUAUUUUGGGGUUUGCUUUCAAAAAGGACACCGGUGAUACAAGAGAGUCAUCUAGUAUAUAUAUUAGCAAAUAUUUGAUGGAUGAGGGCGCACAUCUCCAUAUAUAUGACCCAAAAGUACCGAGGGAACAAAUAGUUGUGGAUCUUUCUCAUCCAGGAGUUUCAAAGGAUGACCAAGUGGCCCGGCUCGUGACCAUCUCCAAGGAUCCCUAUGAAGCGUGUGAUGGCGCCCAUGCUGUCGUGAUUUGCACCGAGUGGGACAUGUUUAAGGAACUGGAUUACGAACGCAUUCAUAAAAAAAUGCUGAAACCAGCCUUUAUCUUUGAUGGACGACGUGUCCUGGAUGGGCUCCACAAUGAGCUACAAACCAUUGGCUUCCAGAUUGAAACAAUUGGCAAGAAGGUGUCUUCAAAGAGAAUUCCAUAUGCUCCUUCUGGUGAAAUUCCAAAGUUUAGUCUUCAGGAUAUGCCCAACAAGAAACCCAGAGUAUAAACACUGCCAUUUUUAUUUGUAACUUUUUUGGUACUUCAAGAUAGCA